CCUGUAGAAGCGGAAUUCUUUCUCGUGGUUUAUAAUAAGGGAACGUCACCGAUUCCCAUUCGCCCUGCGUGUGGCAUUGUCGGGAACGUGUGCCUGUCUUGUCUCCCGUGUUGGGCAUCACCGCCAUUCUCUCCGUUCCGUCUACAAGAUGCGCCUCCUCUUCGCCAUCAUGGCGGCCUCUAUAUGCCUCGUCUGCUCCGAGCUCCACGGCCAGAGCUGCCUGGACAACUUUACAAAGGGUAUGCCCAACUUCGUGCUGGAACUGAACGACUCGGUGAGCAGCGGCGCCACCUUCCUCGAGUCACCCAGCCUGGACCGGGUCAGGGACUGCCUGUCCGCCUGCUGUCGGGUACCGGCGUGUAAUUUGGCGCUGGUAGAGCGAGAUCAUGGGCAGGAUGACAUCAUAAAGUCUUGUUUCCUCCUCAACUGCGUCUACAAGCAGGAGUUUGUGUGCGAGUUUGUCAGGAAGGAGGGAUUCGUCAACUACGUCACCUUGGACGUCAGCCAAAAAUACCUGCACCGCUGGGAAGAGAAGGAAGGAGAAGAUGACCCUCCCGUCGCCCGUGUAAGUCGCGAUGUGAAAACUCAGCCCAACCAGGAGGUGACCCUGAGCGGAUUGGAAAGCUGGGAUAAAGAGGGGAUCACAAACUAUGAAUGGUCCCUGAUCUCCGGGGAUCCUGAGGUGAUCCAUGAGCCAGAUGCCGAGCAGCCAGCGCUCCUCAAAGUGUCUAAUCUCCUGAGCGGACAGUACGUCUUCGAGCUGAUAGUCACUGACACGGCCAGUCACCAGAGCUCGGCCACCGUCACCAUCACAGUGCUGACCCAGGAGGAGACGCAGGAGAACUGUCAUGCCCCCAAGAAGGUUGGUCGGUGCCGCGGGUCCUUCCAGCGCUGGUAUUUUAACCCUGAAGUCAACGAAUGUGAAGAGUUUGUAUUCGGAGGCUGCAACCCCAACAGGAACAACUAUGUCCGAAAAGAGGAUUGUAGACAAACCUGUGUGAAUUCUGCUGAACAUGCAGAUGGUCACGGUAAAGGGAGAAGACUGCAGCCAGUUUGUGAUGGUAAAUGCCUUCGCUCACAGUUCCGCUGCACUGACGGCUGCUGUAUUGAUGCCGCCUUAGAAUGUGACGACACUCCAGAUUGCAUGGACAAUUCCGAUGAGGCUUCCUGCGAAAAUUAUGAUAAAGAAUUUAAGAAGUUGCAGGACCUGGACGUUGCCAACAAUAAAGCUCGAUGUGUGGAGUUGCCGGAUACCGGUCCAUGCCGGGCCAGCUUCUCCCGCUGGUACUACGAUCCUGUGGAGAAGACAUGCAUGGGCUUCACCUACGGGGGCUGUAUGGGCAACAGAAAUAAUUUUGUCCAUCAAACGGACUGUGAAGAGUUCUGUAGAGGAAUUACUGGCUCAGCUGAAGUGGCCAUUGCGGUGUUUCUUGGCAUCUGUAUCCUGGUGGUCGUGGCCGUGAUUGGAUAUUGUUAUUUAAAGAAGAAGAAAAACAGUCGUAAGCAACAAACGAAUGUGAACAAUACUAUGGUGCCGGCAACGGAGGACACGGAACACCUAGUAUAUAACCGGACCACCAAACCUGUCUGAUCCAGCUUGGGCCAACCCGUGGGAGAAGGAAUUUGCCAUCGGACUGUAUAUUCACCAUCACUCCAUGCUGAGGUCUAGUGCACUGAACUCACAAAGCCCCAUAAACGGGGCAAAAAGACUGCGAGCCUUAUUACUUCCCAUUGCCAAAUGGUGGGAGCCAAGAAACCAGCCGGCAGAAUAGGCAGAAUUUUAUUUUUUUC